ACGAUGCCACGAGAUUUAUUUAUGUAAAACACAAACGAUUUGAAUUAAUUCAUAGAUAAUUUUUGCACCUCCAGAAUCUAAUAUAAGUACUCAUAAUCUCCAUUAUCUGAAUUACAUUCUUAAUUUUCGAUUACUGUAAUCAUCUGCUGGAAGCACAGGCUGGAAGCUUUUAAUUUCAAAAUAUUAUGAAAUUCUAAGAAAUUAGUGACUAAAUUUAGAAAGUUGUAAUAAGUGCAUUAGUUGUUAUUUACUCUGUGGCGCCAUGUUUUUUAAACGUCAAAGAAAGACGUUCAUUCAAAAAUCAAAUUUGAAAAUCAACAAUAAAGUUCAACAAAUAACUUUUGAACAUUAAUUUGAUAUAAAUUUAAAACAUACUUGUUUCAUUAUUCAUCAGUUUUAAGACUAAUUAUUCAGUCAAUAUGGAUUACUCAACUAUAAGCAAUAAAACUAAUAUAACAGAAGCAGAGGAUUUAACUGGCGGUGAGUUAAACGAGCGCUAUUAUUUAUUGAAAAAGCAAUACGAUAAUUUGUCCUCUAAUUUUGAGGCAAUUAAACAAGAACUACAUGAUACAAGACGAAGUUACCAAACCGCUCUAGAUGUUCAGAGUCAUUUAAAUACAGAGCUAGAAACAUAUCAGGCGGAGGAGGGCAGACGCAAGAGUGAACUUUUGUCUCGCAUAUCAACCCUCCAGGAAGAAAUAUCCGUAUUGCGAUCUGAACGUUCUCAGAUAUCGGAUCAAAGCGCGUUAGAAAUAAAGAAGUUAGAAGCUGAAAACCGUCGGUUAAGAGAGGAACAAGCAGUGGUAGCUCGGAAGUCACCAGAGCGUGAUAAUAAAGAAGUAGAUGAGAUUCGUUCAAAAUUAUCAUCAGUUACUUCAGAAGCUGCUUCCGCAAAAGCAGCGCUGGAACAAGCUAAAGCAGAAAUAACUUCAUGGCGUAUGAAAGUUGAGGAAUUAGUGUCGGAAAUCGGUGAAUUGCGGGCAGCUGCUGAUAUAAGAAGAGAGGAAAUUAAAUCGGUAGUAGAACGGGAAGCUGCGGCGUUGGCUGAUUUGGCUGAAGCGAGGGCUAUGCUGCAUCAAGUUGAUACACCAGACUUGCAACCACAUGCUGCCAAAGGGAAUUCAAUAUUUGCAGAAGUAGAAGAUAAGAGACAGGAAAUGGCAAAAAAUCUUAUUCAAAUGAAACAAAGCAAUGCAAGAUUACGUCGGGAUCUAGCAAAUAAGCAAGCAGAAGUUGAAGCUUUACUCCAUGAGAAGAAUACAAUCUGGGAGCAGCAGGUUGGAGCUAGUGCCCACUAUGAUCGAGAACUUAUUGAAAGUUACGAAGACCGCAUCACGCAACUUGAGUCCCUGUGCGAGAAACAACGCCGCGAGCUGUGCCGCUGGUUCGGCAAGCUGUGCGAGCCGGCGGCCAACGGCUGGCUGCCCGGAGUGCUGGACCAUUUGAAAACGGAAUGCGAAAAACUUCGAGCAGAAGUGUUAUCCCAAGGCGCCGCUCAACUAGCCAGUGCGGCUCAAGUGAGGGAACUGCGGAGGAAAAUAGCCCUUCUCACAGCGAACAGUCACAAGCAAUCGCCUGUACAAACAGACGAUGAUAAGGAUGAAAUUAGCGUGCUGAAACCCUUCAGACCUAUUGAUGUGAAAAAAGUGGAAGAUGUUAAGAAGAAAGUGUCGUUUAAUUGAGUGAAUUAGUGGUUAAAAAAGUGGUAUUGUAUAUGAUCGUAUAUAUGGACAGCGUUUCAUCUACAAGACCAUUUAAAUUGUUGAAGUUUUUAAACUUUUCAAACCAGGUUAAAUCAUGAAGUCAAUAUGAUUUAUUAACAUGUAAUUCGUU